AUGCACUUUGUUGUUCUUCCUUUCGUCCUACCGUAUUCCGUUAUUUUCUCCUUCCAUUUUGCAUUGUUGUUGCCCAACUGUCACUUUCAAACAAAAUCACUCACCUCAUCUUAUGAUUUUGCUUAUUUUUCAGUCGGGCCCGUCGGCUCCGCUUCAGGUCAUUGCUGGCCUCCGCCUCGGACAUCCAACUGUCCCACAACCGAAUCAGCAAAUGAUAUGAUCAACGACUGCUCACCACAUCUGACUUCGCCUCAACAUCGUCCUCAACAGCAGCAGCUUAUCUUGCAGCAACAACUUAACCAAAGUCAACAUGGAUCAGUUCCCAUGGUUUCUUCGCAUGCAGUCUACUCCCAGCAGCUUAGUCAAGCCAGUUCUCCACAUCACUCUCAACUUCAUCAUUCUCAUCAUCAACACAUGCACGCACAGUCACAACAGCAUCAGCAACAUCGUCAACAACUUCCAUAUCGGCAAAUACACCAGGCUCCGGUUCAAGCGUCCGCUAACCCAAGACAGCUGCGCACUGUUCAUCAGUUAAAUCAGUCAACUUCUCAUAAUCAUCCUCAUCAUAUGAACACUAUAAAUGCCAACGUUAACAACUCUUCACAUGGCCUGGGGCAGUUGGGCACGUCAGGCCCACGCACGUCUGAGCCUUGCCACUACACACAUCUGCCGGGAAUCGGCCGGAUUCCAACUGGCCCUCUUUCACAUGAGGGUGACUGGCAUCUCUCUAGAUCACAUCAUUAG